GACAGCAGCUCUUCAAGACAUGCUUAACUCAGAAUCAGCCUACAUUGUGGUACAGAAGACAUUCUGAAGCAGCGUGUGAUACCAUGAAUGCCUCAUGUACAUCCUUCAAUACUACUGCCGUGGAAGAUGCCAUGCGCCACAUUGGCAUAGUAACUAAUGUGGUCAUCCUGAUUCUGGGAGUCUCUGGCAAUGGGCUAGUGAUGUGGGUCAUCGCUAUGCGGGAGAAGCGGAAAACCUUCACUUCCAUCUGUUAUUUCAACCUGGCUGUUGCAGACUUCCUCUUCUCUCUCGGCCGUAUUCCUGCCCUUGUCCAGGAAAUCAUGUACUCCUGCUGGCCAUUUGGCCUUGCCUUAUGCAAGCUACAUGCUUUUGCCCGCUACCUCACUGUCUUUUCCAGUGUCUUCAUCCUCACUGUCAUAAGUGUCUACCGGUGCUUAUUGAUAGCACGACCUGUCUGGGCCCGAAACCAUCGGGGGCCUCACUGUCAAGCCCUGAUGUGCAUUGGAGCAUGGAUCUUAGCUUUGGCCUUCAGCAUUCCCUAUCUGGUAGUCCGUCAUACUGUAGAAAGCAAUGGAGGCACCUACUGUGUCUAUCAGAAAGUUCUCAAGAAAUCUACGGAACUGCCCUUGAGGCUGAGCAGGUUCUUUGGGGGAUUUCUUGUGCCUUUUAUCAUCAUUUCUUCAGCCUACUUGGUUCUAGUUUUCAAGCUCCGUGGGCGACGCUGGGAAGGCUCCCACCGAACUUUCGCUCUAGUAGCCAUCAUUGUUGCAUUCUUCUUCAUCUGUUGGCUACCCCACCACAUCUUUGUACUUAUCAGUACAAUGCCAUUCCCCAAGGAGCAAUGGGGAAUUGGGCUCAAGUUGACAAAUGCUCUGGCAUACCUCCACAGCUGUGUCAACCCAGUGCUAUACUGUUUUGUGGGUUAUUUUCGGGUAAGAGGUCUUCGCCGCCAGACCUCCUUCUUGGGUCUUUUCCGGAAGGCACUAACUGAAGAGGAUGAAGGAUCUGUUGCAGCAGAAGCGUCACGGAGUCUUAAUCAAAAGACUUCAGGACCAAAAGAAAGUUGGACUUGAGUGUUGCAAUUUUACAUGUUCAUAAAAGAAAGAAUAUCUGACUUGGACUAUGGACCUAUAACUUUGUUCAUGUUCAGCGUGGUUACACCAAAUUUUAGGAUACUAUUGAUCAAAGUGACUUCCAUGUGCUAACUUUUGCCAUCCAACCAUUGGCCACUCCUUCUCUUCUGAGAACCAUAUUGACACGUGUCCAGAGAUAUAGGUUGUGUGCGAAGGAAGCCAGAGAAAGACAUUGGACCUUCUCAGAUGCUUCAGUGUUAAUGGAGUGAAAGGAUUCUGGAUACCAACAGUGCUCUGCCUCCUGAGCUCUGGCAUUUGUUCAUUUGUCCAGUCCCAGUCUGAGGCUGACAUUUACAGCCUUAUCACACGGGGCAAAAUAAGCGUCCUAGGACACUUCUGCUCCAGUUCACCAAUGGAUCGCAACAUUGCUCAUCAUAUGAUGUUGGGGUGGCUUCUGGUGGGGUUCCAUUGGUAAAUUGGGAAGGCAGCAUGGUAGGAGGCUGUUGCCACCAAUACGAGAACAUUGCAGUGUUCCAUAAGGAACAAUGGGGUUGCUCUGGGCAUCAAGUGUGCACUGAUGCUUUCCCACGUGAGAUGGGGAAGCGUCAGCAGCUGGCUGGAGUGCCAGGAUUGCCCCACUGCCACCCUGAUUUGCUACAGAAGCUGGUGAAUCACAACGCUGAUAAGACUGCAUGUGAUGAGAUCCUAAAUCUCCUAGCUAAUAAAAUGUAUACUGAGAUUCUAUUCAAUGCUUUUUAUGAACCAUGGUAGCAGCUGCCACUUGAUUUUGUUCUUCCCCCACCCUCAAGAAAUGACUUCCCUUUUCCCCAGCAAUUAGUUCAAUGCUAUUUUCUGACAGUUUGGAAAUAAAUAUAUUCCUUCAAUUCUAAGACACCAUCAAUUCUAUGCAUACUAAUUUCAGUACCACCAACAAAGCCCUGUUUUGUUUUUAUGUUUGUACUGAAUGGAGAGCUCAUCAAUAAAUACAGUAUUACUUUGGGUAACAAGAAGAUGGGUUAAAUAGUUGA